AUGUCCGUGGUGGCGCACAACGAACUCAGCAUGAAGCUGGCUCUCAUCAGCCUGGCUACCUCGGUCGGCCGCUCUAUCGGCCGCGCCAUCUCUGGUGCCAUCUGGACCAACGAAUUUCUCGGCUUCUUGAUCAAGCAUCCACCCGAAGACAAAAAGAGCGAAGCUAUUACGAUUUACAGGGAUAUCAAGGUCCAGCUAUCUUACGCUUGGGAAACCCUGGCUCGCGCUGGCAUUGUGCAUGCUUACAGAGAUGUUCAGCGUCACAUGGGUGCGGCUUUCAUGCCGCUGGCGCUUGUUUGUGUCUUUUGUGGAAGAAUGUCACCGUGGUGA